AUGUCACUACGUUCUGUUUCCGCAGACGAUACCAACACAGCCCGCAUGAACGAUGGUGAUUCCAUUGCCUCCAGCGAUGGUUCUAGCAUUUCCGACGAUGAAACAAACCUUGCUAACGACGCCGAGGCAAGUGAUGCUAAUGCCGAGGUCACUGUUCUGAACAACCCUGUUGCCUUUGCGUUGGCUCAAUCUCCCCCCACUUAUCAACUCGCGGCACUGCCCCUUGGUUCUCCUGAGAACCCAAUCGAAAUAGAAGAUGAAGACGUGGCCAACCAGCUGAGGAUUAAUGAAGAAGUGAAUGACUAUGAGCAACUAAACAGCCCCAGAUGGGAAAUCUUGUAA